CUCGUAUCAUAUUGCGAUUUAUCAAUAAUCAAUCCAUAUAUUUUUUAAAUGAACGCACCACCAACAUUUGAAUCUUUUUUACUUUUUGAAGGGGAAAAAAAAAUAAUAUUCUACAAAGAUACAAAAGUUCCAAAUGCCGCUAUUUUUACUAUCAAUAAAGAAGAUCACACCUUAGGAAAUAUAUUGAGAAUGCAGCUUCUUAAAGACCCUCAAGUUAUAUUUGCCGGUUACAAAUGCCCCCAUCCUCUAGAUCACAAGGUAAUAUUAAGAAUUCAAACAACCUCAAAUUAUACCCCUUAUGAUGCUUUUACUAAUGCAAUUACAGAUUUAGUAAGUGAAUUAUCACUAAUGGAAGAAAGAUUUAAAGAAGCAAUCAAAGAAAAACAAGAAGGUUAUGAAUAGAUAAUAUCAUGCUUCAUCAUUUUGUAAUUUUUAUCUAUAUAUUGUACAUAUUAUUUUUAAAUCCAAAUUUAUAUGUG